UAGAGACCAUGUACUUUCGUUAAUCUAUAUUUAUUGAUAAUAUGUCACAAAAUGUAUGUUGUUUUUGUACAAUUGAAUUAUUGUUUGUUAUAUUUAAAAGUGUAAUUUAAUAAUAUAAGUAAACUUAAUUAAUUAGGAUUAUAUGUGCUGUAUUUAAAUAUAACAUUAAUUAGAAAGGUAAAAGCUAAGGAUAAUACAAAUCUUACCUGCCUGAUAUAGAAAGAAGACAGCGCACAGAAAUGGAAGGCUUUUGUAGAGGAUGCCUAGUACAGUAUAAUGAUCCAGCUGAACUCCUUCAAUAUACAGAGAAGAAUAGGAGACUUUUCGUCUACUGUACUGGUUUACAGGUGAAGCGUAAUGACACAUUUGUAUUCCAGCUAUGCAAAGAUUGCUAUAUUAAUAUGAAACAAUCAUGUAAAUUCAAGAAACAAUGUAGAACAUCCGACAAGAAAUUCAAAUACUAUUUAUUAUCCAAAGAAGGGGAUGACACAAUCGACUUGGGUACAUUUCUUAAAAAUCAUGAUGAUAAUAUGGUGUUAAGAUUUCCAUUGAUGAGCGGUAACAACACGCCUGCAAAUAACAGAAGAGAUGAUGAUAAUGCAUCUACAUGCACGAGUAUCGGUAACUUUAUGAUGGACCUCCUGCAAGGUGAAGAAAUGCCCGAUACAGAAGCACGCAUAAUCAAACAAGUGAUCGAGGAAGAAGCAGAUGUACUGGAGGACUCGCUUGAUUCCCACUGGCUUCAAGAUGACAUAUCUAUCGAUCCUGACUUCGGAAUAGAUUUUAGUUUUAGCCCAUUCGCAACACCCCACUCAGUGAAUAGAGAUCAUUGUUACACGCCAAAGAGACCAUCUGAUCAACAAGUUCAUAAAUAUAUAUGUUCAUCUGUAACUAAAAGAAAUGUAAACAUAGACCAAGAUGAUGACGCAAAUAAUGUAAAUACAAAUGUAAAUUUUAAGAACAAUGAAACUUUAUACACCAAACAAAUAAAUAGAAAUCAAGAUUUGAAAACACAUCUAGAAGAUAAUUUUUACACUGAAAAUGAAUUACAGUCUAAUCACAUGAAAAACAGCAUGAAAACUAUUUACUCUGAUAACAUUUUACAAUCUGAUCAAACGAAAAAUAAUGUAAACAUUAAUUUUCAUCCAAAUUACGACGACGACGACAAUUUCGAUGAUUUCGAUGAAGUUGAAAAUAAUGUGCCCAUGAUUGACGCAUUGUUAGUACCACCGGAAAAUGUCAAUUAUGACACUGAAAUUGAUCAUGUCGGUUCGAAUAUUAUCGUUGAAAAUACUGUAGGACACGGUAAAAAUUAUUAUAUACCAAAUGAUGUUACAGAUUAUGAAAGUAAUAUUGAAAUAAAUCAUGACUUACUUGAUAAAGAUAUUAACGAAAUCAAAGUUACAAAUAUGAAAUGUACUAUUGAUAGGAAUUUAGAAGAAGCGUUAAAGGAUUGUGACAAGAAAGAGAUUUCAUUGGAGGACUUACUUGCGUCGCCUACAGUGUUUCCGGGGACGUAUGCGCCAUCUACUCCAACAAUAGAUAAUAUAAUGCGUGAAGCAAAACCGGAACUAGACGACCAUAACAGCAAUGUUCACAAAGUUGGACAAUUUAUAGAGAAAUUUCAAAAUGUAGAUAAUUAUAUUAAAGUGUUAGAUGAUUUCUUUACUGAUAUCCCAAAUCAAUAUGAUUUUCAAGAUUAUAGUAAAGGCAUUAACAAUAAAGAAGAUUGCAAAAAGAAGACUGAAGAUAAUCAACGCGGCAAUGAUAUUGAGAAUCAAUAUAACAUAGAGGAUUGUUAUUGUAAAAUAUGUAAAAAGAAAUUUAAAACUAUGAAAGUACUAAGGAUACAUUUUACGAAAAGCCAUAAGUUUAAGAUACCACGCGAGAAAGUUAAGAGACGUCCGAAGCUGUGUAUAUGUGAUUACUGUGGCAAAAAAUUUGUAAAUUAUCCAAAUUUUGUUAAACACGUGAGGAAUCAUAUGAGACCGCCCAUCGACUUUCGUUGUGAACGUUGCUCAAUAUCGUUUACUUCUAAAGCUUUUCUACGGGCUCACCAGACCAGUCACAUGGGGUCGUACCUGUCUAAGCCAAAAAUGGAAAAGAAAUUUUAUUGCCAUAUCUGCGGUGCUACGCUGUCGACAUCUGGCAACUUUGCUGUACAUUUACGGCGGCAUAAUAAGGACUAUGUGGCCAGUUGCGAACAGUGCGGGAAAGGUUUCGUCACGAAAACAGAAUUUGCCAUUCAUAUGAGAAAACACACAGGGGAGCUACCCUUCAAGUGCACCGAAUGUAAGCGAGCAUUCAGACGUCGAACGGGCCUCAUUCUUCAUGUAAAAACUCAUAUAGGUGAAAGGCCGUUCGAAUGCGACCACUGUCAUGCGAGAUUCAUAAAAAAGGAUUCAAUGAUACGACAUACAAGGAAUUCAAAGUGUGCAUUGAAAGUACGCGGCCUUUAUGUGGAGGAUAAAAGUAAGAAAUACGCAUACGAAUGCUUCUACUGCCACAAAAAGUUUGUCAAACAAAAGAAUUUUAUAAAUCACCAAAACACUAAGUCAAAAUGUUUAACAAGGCGUCAGGGCAUGGAAAAUAGAAAAGGCGAAGAAACAAUUAAAGAAGAUCCCGAAUUAUAGAAAAUAAGGGCAAACGAGUAUGCGGCUCACCUGAUGGUAAGUGACUACCGCCGCCCAUGAUCACCCACAGCACCAACGGCAUUGCAGGUGUGCUGCCGGCCUUUUAAAAAGGAAUAUACUCUUUUCUUGAAAGUUAUGUUGUCGUAUCGGUUCGGAAAUACUGCUGCUGGAAGUUGAUUCCAAAGAAUGGUUGUGCGUGGAAGGAAGUGCCUUGAAAAACGCACGGUGGAAGACCGCCACUCGUACAGAUGGUUGGGAUGAAACUUUAGUUUGUGGCGGGUUGUACGGUGGUGAAAAUCAGCAGCAGGUAUCAAUCCGAACAAUUCCUCAGAACACUCUCCAUGAUAAAUUCGGUAGAAGAUGCACAGAGAUGCAACAUCUCUGCGCAGUUUCAGUGGGUCAAGUCGGACAGCAAGGCGUUGACUAUCAAUAAUUCGAGCCGCCCGACUUUGAAUGCGGUCUAACGGAAGGAGUUGGUACUAUAUUGUUGUACUGUUGGUAUUUCUAACACCAAAGUCUUUAGUGGUGAAAAUAGUCAAUUACUCUGGUCACGUAACGGAUAAAGAGUGAAACGGAAUCAUUAGGGGUAUGUAAAACUAAGAAUAACGUAAAAUAUCCAAAAGUGGUGGAUAAAUGUUUCAUCAGAAUCAACAACGCAUGUGACACCCCUAGUAUCGUAGGUGGCCAUAGGCUGUAGUAACCGUUUACCACUAGAUUUUUUUUUAUACAACUAAGUUUAGAAACCCCUGCUAUAGAGCACCAUUAUUGAUCUAGAUUUCGAGACAUUGAGAGAACAUUGAAGGUCUUGGAACGGUUUCCAUAAACAAGACCGUGCGCCAGAACGACGCGACAGCUUGACGCCGUUCGGUCAAUGUCAAAAUUCACCACAACGUAAAAGAGAGUAACCUAAUAUUUAAAUUUACCUUUUAUUGUAUAUAUUGUGUAAGGAUUUUUUUUAAACUACUUACAAUGGCAAACAAGCUGACGGCCUACCUGAUGGAAAGUGGUAAUCGUCGCCUAUAGACAUGAGCAGUACCAUGAACAUCACAGAGUACUGUUUCGCCAAUGAUACCCCCCGUACGUUGCCAUUGCUAAUGUCGUAGGCGGCCAUAGGCUGUAGUAACCGUUUACCAUCAGAUAGACUGUAUGCUCGUUGCCACUUUCGUGGUAAAAAAAAACUCAUUAAAGCUUAGACUGGAAGCCCCCGCUGCAGGCCACUAGUAUAAGUGACGUUCGGGCGGGUGAUCGUGCGAGUCGCAUUAUGACAUACUAUUGUUUAUUAUUUCCUAUACCUACCUACCGUACCAGGAGGACAUACAUUAGGAGAUUUCCUGAAUCAAAAAUUUUAAAACGACACAGAUUAUGAACCUCUCAUACUAAAAUCUGUGGGGUUACUCUUGAAAUAAAUUCUAAUAGAACGAUAUAUGAAUUGAGACGUUUCGUACUCUCGAAUUGCAACACUAGUUACAUAAUGGUUUCAUAUUGUUCUGAUAGAUAUGCAUAUUAGUAUAACUUGCUAAUGCAAAUUUAACUCAACCUAAUUGUUUCACGAGGGUGGUAGAAAAUUGAUUGGAUUAAGAUCGACAUUGGAUUCCAGAGUAGGCCUGCUGGACGCGCUGUUUUAGUAUGGGAGGUUCGUUUUUUUAACACGUUCCUUUCGCGAAAAUUUUUAUUUCCACUGGCAGAAAACUCCUUUCAUUGGAUGUUAACUAUUUAAAUUUGAACUAUAUACCUCUCUAAAGUGGAGAAAGAGAAUAAAGAACAAUCUGUACUUUAUAUUUUAAUGUAUUAACUACCUGUGACUAAGACUCGCGUCUCGUCUCAGCCACUCAAGAUUAAGGGUCCCUAAUGGUACCGAAAC